AUGAUGAAAAACGACGAUACUAAACUCAUCCAGCGCGUCCUCGCAGGCGACGAUAACGCCUUCUCUGUGCUUGUAAGAAAAUACCAAAAGCAGGUUCACGCACUCGCGUGGCGGAAAAUCGGGGACUUCCACAUCGCAGAGGAAAUUACACAGGAUACUUUUCUGAAAGCAUACAAGAGACUCGCAACACUGAAGAAACCUCAGCGUUUUGCGAGUUGGCUUUAUGUGAUUGCCGCAAACCGAUGCAGUUCGUGGCUCCGCAAAAAACGUUUGUUGACACAGCCGCUGGAGCAGUUAGAGGAGACAGACAACGAACUGUUACAAAAAGCGACGUAUUCUGGGUAUGUCAUUGAGGAAAACGAGCGUACAGCCGUAGCUGCACAACGCGAUGUCGUCAAAAAAUUGCUUGCGAAACUCCAAGAAAGUGAACGCACUGUCAUUACGCUGCACUACUUCGGUGAGAUGUCGUGUACAGAAAUUGGCGCGUUUUUAGGUGUAUCAGCAAAUACGAUUAAGAGCAGGCUUCGCCGCGCACAGCAGCAUUUAAAGAAGGAGGAACCGAUGAUAAGAGAGGCUUUAGACAACUUCCAAAUCACGCCGAAUUUCACGGAGAACGUUAUGCGAGAAAUCGCACGUAUCAAACCUAUUACAUCUUCCAAUGGAAACCAGCCGAUCAUGCCAUGGGCAAUUGCUGCUUCCACAGUUGCAGUGGUCUUGCUAAUGUUAGGCAUCGGAAACCAUCAACACUUAGGACGUUUCCAAAAGCCAUACAGUUUCGAUGCGACUUCAGAGAUGACGAUUGAACUCAUUGAGGCACCGCUUGUGCUGAACCUUGUCUCCAAACCGGAUGCGAGAACGCAACUCGGAAAUACCAACGCGCUCAAUAAGAGCAAUACGCCUGAACGGAAACCUAAUGAUACCCCAGCGUUAUAUGCAGAAGCACAAACGGACGAAGCCGUCGAAAACUACGCAAAAUGGGAACUACCGAAAGAAGCGAAAGCGCGUCUGGGAAAGGGUGGAAUCAAUGUGAUCCAAUUCUCACCCGACGGGUCUCAGAUCGCAGUGGGCAGUAAUAUCGGUGUGUGGCUCUACGAUGUAGAAACAGGCAAAGAACUAUCGUUGUUCGCAGGCAUGUGUCAAUCCCUCGCAUUUUCACCUGAUGGACGUUAUCUUGUCAACGGCGGCGGAAGGUACACAACGGACGAAAUUCAAGUGUGGGAUACAACUACUGGGCACAAAGUGUCACUCGCUGAUGCCCCUACUUCUGCCGCAGCAUUGCAGUUUUCCUCAGAUAGCAAAAGGCUGAUUAGUUUGAGUAGUUUACAUUUACAGAAGACAAUUAGCAGAUUAAAUAUUGAAACUGGAAAGGUAGAUGUGACGACGCUCAAAGCAGGAGACAGGGUUAUUUCUGGAGUUUACGCGCUCACAUUUGACAAGAUCGCAAUUGGAGGUUGGGGCGGAAAGAUUCAGUUGUGGGACAUAAUGACCGGCAAAAAGUUAUUCACCCUCGGAGGGCAUGCAGAUUUACCUACCCAACCAUUUCCUUCACGCCUGCCUUCUGCACCUCUACAGUAUCAGAAACAAGUCUUAGCGUUGGCAUUUUCACCUGAUGGUACAAUGCUUGCAAGUGGAGGUAAGGAUAAUACAGUCCGAUUAUGGAAUAAUGCCAGUGAUAGCGAACCAACUGUGCUUCAAAAACAUACAGGUUGGACAAACGUGUUAGCAUUCUCUCCUGACGGAAAGAUACUUGCCAGUGGGAGUACCGAUAAGACGGUGCUGUUGUGGGAUACCACCACUGCAGAACUGCUCGCUACCCUUUCAGGUCAUAUCAAUGGUAUUACUGCUUUCGCAUUUUCACCCGAUGGCUCAAUGCUCGCAAGUGGAAGUACGGACGGCACGAUCCGGUUCUGGAAUAUCAAGACGGGAGAUGUCCUCGCUCCUCGUAUCACCGGACAUACGGAGUGGGUAAAAGGAGUGACUUUUCUCCAAAGAUAA